AAAAUAUUUUUUUCAGAACGUAUUCGAAGUGCCGCUUGGUUUCUCUCUGUUUUAAUAGUUAGUGUAAUAGUUUUAUCAAUUGUUUGUGCAAUGUGUGCAUUAUCACAAAGAAAUUCUGGUGGAUUAGUUGGUGUAGUUAAUGGAAUUAAAUUGAGAGAAAAAAGAUUUGGGCCGGCAUUUAGAAUAGAUAAUUUAAAUAGAGAUGAUUUGUCUUCUGAAGAAGGGUCUUCAUCUUCUUCUAAUUAUUUAAUUAUGAAACCAAGAAAUGUUAAAAAGGGUGGGUAA